UGGCAAACGUUGAAGACCGGCGACGGCUUCGGGUGGGACAGCUUUCCUUGGCCUAUGUUCAAACGGCCAUCAGAGCCAGAAGACAUCACCACCACCCAGGUUGGCGCAUACGUCUUGUCCCCUCAUUCUCCUUCGACAAAGAGUUCGAAAGAUCGCAUCAAGGAUCACAUAAAACGUUGGCAUCCGGAUCGGUUUGAGACAAAGAUUUUGCCGAAGGUAGUGGAGGAGGACCGCGAGAAGGUGAAGGCCGGCGCCGGCUGGGUCGCUCGUUCACUGAACGAACUGCUGAGUCGA